UUCCAGAGGUGUGUAGAUUAAAAGACACUUGUUUCCUUUCAUUUCACAAUCAUAUUUUUAAUUUCAUUGCCAAAAUUAAAACUAAUACUAACAAAACUACCGAACAAAUCUCAAUAAACUUAACCCGCCAUUUCCAAAUGUUCAUUUCAACUCUCUAAUCAAUCACUUAUUUAAACACCAUUAUAUUUCACCAUGGAAAAAUUCAGCGGAGCUAAGCUCGCAAUCAACGCCAUUCGAAAUUAUGCUUCAAAGAUUGAUCCCAAACCUCCAAUUCAAGAAUCAUCGAGAAUCUUCCAAAAUGGCCCUUCGAUUUCAUCUUCUAAUCCAGCUAAGUUUUCUGGGUUUAACUCAAAUUCUUCAAUUUCCCAUAGAUUAGGACUUGGUUUUCAAAUGGGUACUAAGAAAAUAAAUUAUAAUCCGUUUCUUGGUAAUAUUAGUAAGAGAUUUUACUUUGUUGAUCGAUACCAAGUUCAUCAUUUUAAACCAAGAGGGCCCAGAAGAUGGUUUCAAAAUCCAAGAAAUGUUAUGAUUGUUGUUUUGGUGGGUUCUGGUGCUUUUAUAACUGUUUAUUUUGGUAACUUAGAGACUGUACCGUACACAAAAAGGACACAUUUUGUACUGUUGUCCAAAUCCAUGGAGAAAAAGAUUGGACAGAAUCAGUUUGAGCAGAUGAAAGCAGGGUUUAAAGGGAAAAUCUUACCUGCAAUUCACCCGGAAAGUGUGCGAGUUCGUUUAAUUGCGAAGGAUAUCAUUGAGGCUUUGCAGAGAGGGUUGAGGCAGGAGAAUGUGUGGAGUGACUUAGGUUAUGCCUCGGGUGAUAGCGAAAUGAAAGAUGAGAGUGGUCGUGAGGCGAUGAGAGCAUUGAGUGGCAGUGAGGGGAGGAUUGAGACGAAAUGGUAUAAGGAUGAUGAGGUUCUUGAUGAUAAUUGGGUUCAGGAUAGUAGAAAGAAGGGGUUAGAUAGAGGAACAAGGGCGGAAACUUCGCAUUUGGAAGGGUUGAAUUGGGAGGUUUUGGUUGUUAAUGAGCCUGUUGUUAAUGCUUUUUGUCUUCCUGGUGGAAAGAUUGUUGUGUUCACUGGAUUGCUUGAUCAUUUUAAAACUGAUGCGGAGAUUGCAACCAUUAUUGGACAUGAGGUUGGGCAUGCUGUGGCUCGACAUGCAGCCGAAGGGAUCACAAAGAAUUUGUGGUUUGCCAUCUUGCAACUUGUUCUUUAUCAGUUUGUUAUGCCUGACCUUGUUAACACAAUGUCUACCCUUUUCUUGAGGCUCCCUUUCUCCCGGAGGAUGGAAAUCGAAGCAGAUUACGUUGGGCUGUUAUUGAUGGCUUCAGCUGGAUACGAUCCACGAAUUGCACCUGCAGUAUACGAGAAACUGGGGAAGGUGACAGGCGAAUCAGCCAUGAGAGAUUAUCUUUCUACUCAUCCAUCUGGAAAGAAGAGAUCUCAGCUCCUGGCUAGAGCUCAAGUCAUGGAUGAAGCGUUCACUAUAUACAGGGAUACAAUAUCCGGACGAGGCAGCGAAGGCUUUUUUCUUUAAAACAGCACAUCAUUACACUUAUAGUUGGAUAAGUCCUUUCAGGUCAAAUAUCUUUGUUUAUUUCAUCAAGAAAAUUACAUUUAUGUUUUCAGUUUGUGCCUAGAAAAACUGUGAUAAAAUAACCUAAGCUACAUCAUGUUUUAAACACUACAUUUGAAAUCCGACUCGCCCCAUUUUUUUC